CAAUGCACAAACGGUCGAGAUCUCCUAGCUCUUAUCGCGUUGCAUCAGAUAGUCGGAAGACCUCGGUGUCUACUCAUGCCUCAUCAAAUGUGCUCGGUCGGCAGCGAUCCUCGAAAGUCUUGCAGAAAUACGCGUCUACGCGAAAGUUCGGGCGUCGACAUGAGCUGCAGCGAGAAGGUGAACGCAUUCGUAACACGUCGAUCGUUGCAUACUCCAAAAGGAAUCCAGAUGAAGAAGAUACGGUUAUGGCAGCUCAGUGGCGGAUCAUGGAGGCUCUGGCACAGGAACACUCGAUCUUUAGACGACUGGCACAAUUCGUCAGCCGUACGCUAGGGACUGCUACUUGCCAAGACCCAACAGUGAUACUGAACCACGUACUGCUAGGCAGUCGUGAGAAUGCAGAAGAUAGCAGACUCCUUCACAUGUUAGGGAUCACACACAUCUGUAACUGCGCCACGCAGGUUGGAAACAGCUUCGAAGGCGAGUUCAUCUACCUCAAGCUGAGCCUACACGAUACCCAGGACGAAGAGCUGAUUCCUCACUUUCAAACUGUCACCAAAUUCAUCAAACGAGUCGAGCGACUGCGAGGACGCGUGCUCAUUCACUGUAUUUCCGGGGUUUCCCGAUCACCGGCUCUUCUGAUUGCCUAUUUAAUGAUCGACAAGAAGAUCCCGCUGCUAGAAGCUUACAACAUGGUCAAGCGUAAGCGCCAUAUAGUGCAACCAAACCAGGCUUUUCGACUGCAACUGGCCAAAUACGAACUCAUGCUCUUCGGUGCAUCUUCAGUUGCAACAACUCCCGAUAAAGACUGGAAUUUUUACGCUUGGAACGAAGUCAAGAACCAACGGGAACUUCGGCGAAAAGGAGGCUAAAAUGUUGUAGAUACCAUCUCAAACCCGUAGAAAUAAUUCGUUCGGGUCCCCAACAAACACCAAUUGUCGAUAAGCACCGGUGAUCCAAACAACGGGCCUAGAUCAUUACUCUCAGCACUGUUUGCAUCACUGAGAGCUUCUCCAGAAGAGUCACUAGUCUGGUAAAUAAUGGACCCUGUUCGCUCGUUGCAAAAGC